AUGUUCAAAUCACUAACCGGCUACUUCUACGAACGGCGCGCUGGCUUCGUCCGCGCAGCUGGUGUCCUCGGCGGCGCGUAUCUCGUCGGCCGCUAUGUCCUCGACCGCCUCGAGGACGUUCGCGGUCGGGUCGUGCAAGAGCGGCUUGCUAGAGAAAAUGUACGGAAGCGGUUCCAGCAGAAUAUGCAGGACAUCUCGUUCAUGAUAAUGACGCACAUGCCCAUCCUCGGACAACACGUUUUAACAGAAAUGGAGGUGGAGGCGCUCACUGCUGAGCUGCAGUCUCUCUCCAAGGCUUCAAAGAUAUAUCCAUCCCAGCCGCGACCCCUGCCCCCGUCUCCGCCGGUGCCUUCCUCAGAAUCUUCGAUGACAUCGAGCAUCGAAAUCGUGCGAGAUGGGGAUGCAAGCUCAGAUGUGCGCUCGGAAAGUGGCUCGGCAUCUGCUUCUGAACAGUCUGUGCUUGUAGAAGCUGGUCCUUCACGGCUCGCAGAGUCGCAGACGAGUUGGGUCGAUGACUUCGCUGCAAGGCCAGAAUCCGCACAUGACGCGCAGAGUUCUAGGCCGCCGCAAAGUACCCUGGAGAGCAUCGAUGGUGCGAAUCUCUCGGACUCUUUAAUGACUGCGAGCAGCUCUGCUUUGAGCAGCACUGGCGAAUCUGGCACGAAAACCAAAUCUCAGCUCUGGAGAGAGGUCAAGAUGCUUACGGUAACACGGACGCUCACCGUAAUGUACUCAACUGCUCUCCUCUCUCUCUUCACCCACAUCCAGUUAUCCCUCCUCGGGCGGUACAAAUACGUCCACUCGGUGGUCGAGCUCUCUCAAGACGAGGACGCGCAGGAUUUCGAGGCCUCCAUCGCGUCGUUGUUCUUCACUCCUCCAGUAGAUCAGGAUAUGGAAGCAUUGUGGGACGAGAAACAUGAAUGGGAGGAGGACAGUAUUUGGAGAGAUGGCGUGGACGAGGAGACAGAGAGGAAAUACCUGACGCUGAGCUGGUGGAUCCUGAAUAUUGGGUGGAAGGACGUGGCAGAGCGCGUGCGGAGAGGUGUCGAGGAGGUUUUUGAGGGGGUGUCUCUAAAAAAUAAGCUGGGUAUUGUCGAGUUUCACAGACUGAUCUGUGACGUGCGAAGGCGCGUGGAGCACGAGGUCACCUUUGACGGGAGCGAGCGGCGGAUAAACUUCCUCUCCACCCUCCUUCCGCCCACAUCGUCCGCGCUCUCUCACCUCCUCACACGUGCAGGUUUUCCUUCGCAACCCUACCACCCACAACACCUCAACCUACCCGCAUCUGAUACCCAAGGCCCUGCCUUUACCGUACUGCUCGAGGAGACCCGCGACCUCCUCUCGUCGCCCGAUUUCAUGCUCGUGCUCGAGCGGUGCCUUGACUCGGGAACGGAGAUCUUGCUAGAAGGGCUGAAGAAGAACGUCUUCGUGGGGGAAGAGGACGAGAGCGGGGAGGUGAAGAUGAGACUAGCGGGGAUGUUACCGGGGCUGGCGAGGUGGAGCACGCUGGCGCUUAAUGGGCUGCCCAACGAGCUCGUCGAUGGCUUUGCGAACAUCCGGGAGGUGGCCGCCUUGUCGGCAAUCAUAUAUUCGGGGUACGAGGACCGGUUCCGGUGA